AUGGAGCGCGCCACCUGUUUGGGGCCGCUCGUGCGGGCGUUGCUGAUGUUGCUCCUGUGGCUCGCGGCGGGAACUGUGGCUGCUGGGCGCUUCCGCGACCUCCCAGCUCCUUCGGAGGACACUGCGUUCGGCCUGGGAGCCGCGGCCGCUCCCACUUCGGCUACCCGGGUGCCGGCGGCGGGGGCUGUGACUACGUCUGAGGUGACGGUGGAAGACGCCGAGGGGCUGCCUGCGACCGCGGGCGAACAGGAACUGCAGCAGUCGGAACCCACCGAAGAGGCGGCGCUGCGGCCGCGCGGCAGAUCAUUAGUAAUCAUCAGCACUUUAGAUGGGCGAAUUGCUGCAUUGGAUCCUGAGAACCAUGGUAAAAAACAAUGGGACUUGGAUGUGGGAUCUGGUUCCUUGGUUUCAUCCAGCCUUAGCAAACCGGAGGUAUUUGGCAAUAAGAUGAUCAUUCCUUCCCUGGAUGGAGACCUCUUCCAGUGGGACCGAGACCGUGAGAGCAUGGAAACAGUGCCUUUUACCGUGGAAUCACUUCUGGAAUCUUCUUAUAAAUAUGGAGAUGAUGUUGUUUUGGCUGGAGGGAAGUCCUUCACUACAUACGGACUCAGUGCAUAUAGCGGAAAGGUGAGGUAUAUCUGUUCAGCUUUGGGUUGUCGCAAGUGGGAUAGUGAUGAAAUGGAACAAGAAGACAUCCUGCUUCUGCAACGCACCCAGAAAACCGUGAGAGCUGUCGGACCUCGAAGUGGCAAUGAGAAGUGGAAUUUCAGUGUUGGCCACUUUGAACUUCGGUAUAUUCCAGACAUGGAAACUAGAGCCGGAUUUAUUGAAAGCACCGUUAAACCCAGUGGCAACAAAGAAGAGUCUAAAAUUAUUUCAGAUGUGGAAGAACAGGAAGCUGCCAUGGUUGACACAGUGAUAAAAGUCUCUGUUGCUGAUUGGAAGGUUAUGGCGUUUAGUAAGAAGGGAGGACAUCUGGAGUGGGAAUAUCAGUUUUGUACUCCAAUUGCAUCUGCCUGGCUGGUUAAGGAUGACAAAGUCAUUCCAAUCAGUCUUUUUGAUGAUACAAGUUAUGUGUCUAACAAUGAAGUUUUAGAAGAUGAAGAAGACAUUGUGGAAGCUGCCCGAGGAGCCACAGAAAACAGCGUUUACUUGGGAAUGUACAGAGGCCAGCUGUAUCUGCAGUCAUCAGUCAGAAUUUCAGAAAAAUUUCCUACAAACCCCAAGGCCUUGGAAUCUGUCAAUAAUGAAAAUGCAAUUGUACCUUUGCCAACAAUCAAGUGGAAGCCCUUAAUUCACUCUCCUUCCAGAACACCUGUGUUGGUGGGGUCUGAUGAAUUUGACAAAUGUCUUAGUAAUGAUAAGUUUUCUCACGAAGAAUACAGUAAUGGUGCACUUUCAAUCUUGCAGUAUCCAUAUGAUAAUGGUUAUUAUCUACCAUACUACAAGAGGGAGAGGAGCAAACGGAGCACGCAGAUCACAGUCAGAUUUCUUGACAACCCAAAUUACAACAAGAAUAUCCGCAAAAAGGAUCCUGUCCUCCUCUUACACUGGUGGAAGGAAAUAGUUGGAACUAUUCUGUUCUGUAUUGUGGCUACAACUUUUAUCGUGCGCAGACUUUUCCAUCCUCAUUCACACAGACAAAGGAAGGAAUCCGAAACUCAAUGUCAAACUGAAAGUAAAUAUGAUUCUGUUAGUGGCGAUACCAGUGACAACAGUUGGAAUGACAUAAAAAAUUGUGGAUAUGUAUCACGGGAAUUGGCUCGGGAGAAGGUCAUGCGAGAAGUUAAAGCUUUAGCCAAGCUUGAACACCCAGGAAUUGUUAGAUAUUUCAAUGCCUGGUUGGAAACACCACCAGAGAAGUGGCAAGAAAAGAUGGAUGAAAUUUGGCUAAAAGAUGAAAGCACGGAUUGGCCACUCAGCUCUCCGAGCCCAAUGGAUGCACCAUCAGUUAAAAUACGCCAAAUGGACCCCUUCUCUACAAAAGAACAUAUUGAAAUCAUAGCUCCUUCACCACCAAGAAGUAGGUCUUUUUCCGCAGGGAUUUCCUGUGGCCAGACAAGUUCAUCUGAGAGCCGGUUCUCUCCACUGGGAUUCUCAGGAACUGACCAUGGAGACAUCAGUGGGUCGGUGUACAACCUUCAGGACAGUUGCCUUACAGACUGUGAGAUGGAAGAUGGUACGAUGGAUGGCAAUGAUGAGGGGCACUCCUUUGAACUCUGUCCUUCUGAAGCCUCUUAUGUAAGGUCAAGGGAGAGAACCUCUUCUUCUAUAGUAUUUGAAGAUUCUGGCUGUGAUAAUGCUUCCAGCAAAGAAGAGCUCAAAACUAACCGACUGCGUAUUGGCAACCAUUAUGCUAAUAAACUAACUGGUUUCAAGCAUUCCAGUAGCGAAUCUUCUUCUGAGCCUACUUUGUCUCUUUCUCCUCCAAGACCAACCACUUUAAGUUUAGACCUCACUAAAACCACUGCCGAAAGACUCCAGCCCAGUUCACCAAAGGUGUAUCUUUACAUUCAGAUGCAGCUAUGCAGGAAAGAAAACCUCAAAGACUGGAUGAACAGGCGAUGCACCAUCGAGGAAAGAGAGAGGGCCGUGUGUCUGCACAUUUUCCUGCAGAUAGCUGAGGCCGUUGAGUUUUUGCACAGUAAAGGACUCAUGCACAGGGACCUCAAGCCUUCCAACAUAUUCUUUACAAUGGAUGAUGUGGUAAAGGUUGGAGACUUUGGACUAGUGACUGCAAUGGACCAGGACGAAGAAGAGCAGAUGGUUCUGACCCCGAUGCCAAUUCACGGAAACAACUACUCUCACAAAGUGGACAUCUUUUCUUUAGGCCUGAUUCUAUUUGAAUUGCUGUACCCAUUCAGCACACAGAUGGAGAGGGUCAGAACCUUAAGUGAUGUACGAAGUCUUAAAUUUCCACCACUAUUUACUCAGAAAUAUCCUCAUGAGUAUGUGAUGGUUCAACACAUGCUCUCUCCAUCUCCUGUGGAACGACCAGAAGCUACCGAUAUCAUUGAAAAUGCUGUAUUUGAAGACUUGGAACUUCCAGGAAAAACAGUGCUCAGACAGAGGUCUCGCUCGAUGAGCUCAUCAGGAACAAAGCCGUCAAGACAGUCAAGCACCUCCCAGAGCCCUCUGCCAAGCAAUUUGCCCUAA